GCUCGCACUCGGCGCAUGACUUCUUCACCCGUGCUGCGUCAGAACCUCUACGCGGUCGGUGUCUGCGCCUUCUCGUCCCUUGGUGGCAUCUUCUUUGGCUACGACAACGGCGUCGCCGGGGGUGUUAUGGUCAUGCCGUCGUUCCUCGACGCCUUUUGCAUCGGGUACGACGGCAACAGCGAGGUCGCUUGCAACGCUUCCACCGCCAACCUGCCGCCCAAUUGGCUCAACUUUACCACUUUGUACAACGUGCUCUACUACGUUGGCUGCAUGUUUGGCGCGGUCGUCGGCGGCUACACGGCCGACAAGUACGGCCGCCGGACCACCAUCUGCUCGUCCGCUGUCUUUUACGGCCUCGGCGGCGUCCUCCUCAUCACAUCGAGCGCCCACGCCCAAGUCUAUAUCGCGCGCCUCGUGCAAGGCUUUGGUGUUGGCAACGCGACGUUUUCGCUGCCGAUUUUCGCGGCUGAGAUGGCCCCCAAGGAGCUCCGCGGGAUGCUCUCGGGGCUCAUGCAGAUGGCGUGCGUGACUGGCAUCGUGCUGGCGGGCGUCAUUAACGCGAUCAUCCAGGAUGUGAACCAAGGCUGGCGCAUCACGGUCGGCAUCGGUCUCGUCUUCCCCGUGAUCGUCAUGGUCGGGAUCUUUUGCGUGCCCGAGUCGCCGCGCUGGACGUACAAAGCGCGCGGUCGAGACGCUGCGGCUGUGAUGCUCAAGCAGCUGCGCCGCCAUGACGACAUCCACGACGAACUCAAUGCGAUUGGCGACGUGCUCGAAGAGGAAGGGUCGGCCCAGGCGGCGUGGAUGGACCUCUGGCGCGACCAGUCGGUGCGCCGCCGCGUGCUCAUCGCGAUGGGUCUGCAGCUGCUGCAGCAAGGCACGGGUGUCAACGCCGUCUUUGCCUACGGCGGGCAGAUCUUCAAGGACGUACUUGGUCUUGGCAUCAUCUGUCUCCUCAUGAUCCAAAUCGUCAACUUUCUCUCGACGAUCCCGGCCAUGCGCUGGGUCGAUCACCACGGCCGCCGCAAGCUGCUCCUCUUCGGCGCCAUUGGCAUGGUGAUUGGGCACGUCGUCUCGGCGACGGCGUUCACGGUCGGCUGCGACGGCGACACGGACUCACUGGGCUGCUCCAAGAGCGCAGGCUGGGUCAUGGUGGUCUUUACGAUGGUGUUCAUCUUUAGCUUUGCGAUCUCGUGGGGUCCGAUCUGCUGGAUCUACCCGGCCGAGAUUUUCCCGAUGAGCGUCCGCGCGAAAGCCGUCUCGAUCUCGACGACGACCAACUGGGCGAUGGGCGCCAUCAUGAUUGGCAUCCCCAAGCUCUUCCCGUACCUCAACAUCAACGGCGUCUUCUUCCUCUUUGCAGCGUUGUGCUUGGUCGCAGGCGCCUUCGUGUACUUCAAGUGCCCCGAAACCAAAGGUCUUCUCCUCGAAGACAUUGAAAUGCUCUUUGAGCGACCUAGCGACGUGCGCCCCAAGACACCCAAGACGCCGCACCACGAUGAUAUCAUGUAGGACCAAUUUACCGGCAAACUUUUUCUUGCAAAACGUCAAAUCGUUAAAAUUUCAGAUAUUUCGGGUGGGUAAAACUUACUACAUGUACGACUAUAAAACCCUA